UGCUGCCGACGGAACUGCACGGAAUUUUUUAGAGAAUUUAUGAAUUGCGAAAUGGAUUUGGAAGGAAAAAAUGUGGUUUACCUUGGCGGAUUCGGUGGCAUAGGCAAAAAAUGUGUGCAAGAACUGCUUAAGAAGCAAAUAAAAGGUCUGGCCAUUUUUGACUUGAUUGUGGAUGACGAUCUCUUGGCUGAGUGGAAAAAGCAGAAUCCCGAUACGGAAGUUUUCUACCAAAAAGUGGACAUCACUCAGAAAUCGGAUAUAGAUGCUGCGUAUAAGGCGACCGCAGAGAAACUUGGACACUUCGAUGUGGUGGUCAAGGGAAGUGGCCUUUUGGAUGAUCGCCUAAUUGAACUGACCAUACAAAUUAAUCUGGUGGGAGUAAUCAAUACCACUUUGACCGCCUUGGAGUACAUGGACAAGUCAAAUGGUGGUAGAGGUGGACUCAUAGUGAACAUUUCCUCAGUGGCUGGACUGCAGCCCACGCCUUUGAUGGCCAUAUACUCCACUUCCAAAACAGGUGUCACCACAUUUACCAGGGCCAUGGCUAGUCCCAUCCAUUAUGCUCACUCCGGUGUGGGCUUCAUUACUAUCUGUCCAGGCUUUACGAAUACCGGCAUCCUCAAGGAUAUUGAUAAGAAAACUACAUUUCCAUUUUAUGAGACUCGCAUGCGGACCGUCUUCAGCAAGGUGAAAGGUCAGACGGUGGAGGUUUGCGCUCGGAAUAUAGUCCACGCCAUCGAGACGGCCCAGAAUGGAUCAGUUCUUAUGCUGGAACUGGGUGAGAUCCACGAACUGGAUAUACCGAACCUUUGUAAUCCCCAGCUAGAUGAUUGCGUAUUUGUCUGCUUGAGCUGAACGUAUCUAUACUAAUUAAUCCCACAUUAACCGCAAGACGGGAUCAAGUUGGCAGGCAAUCAGAACCAAAUCAAGUCAUAUCAAAUUCUGUUUUAUAAUUCGAAUAAGUUUCUUUUAUUUAAAUUGCAGGCAUACACACA